CUCUGUCGGAAGUAGUACAAGCACCACCAGUAGAGCGCCGAGCCCGACUUCAGUAGGGCGAUCGAUUGAUUCAGCCUGGUGACGUAUAUCGGGCGAGUCCGCGAGGGUCCUCCGUCAAUGUAGUCUUUACAAGAUGGCGCCAGUGAGCCCGGCGGCGAGGUGGCGGACUAGUGGUUUAGGGGUGCGAGACGAAGGGGUUUCUUCGGUCGGACUCAAAAAUAAGAAUGUGAAACGGAGGUCCUGGUGGCCUAACCAUCCACAGGCCUUCGCGGGAAGCGUCCGCGAGGGACAAGGCUUUGCAUUUCGGAGAAAAUUGAAGAUUCAGCAAAAUUACAAGAAAUUACUAUGGAAGGAAAAGAAGGCUAGAACAUCACAGGAAUCUCAGUUCACAGAUCAGUAUCCAGAUCACUUGAAACAUCUCUACUUAGCUGAAGAGGAAAGACUCAGAAAACAGCUAAAAAAGGCUGAACAGCCUUUGUCAGAAGAAAAAGUCAACCAGCCUUUCCCUGGAGAACAGUGUAUAGUUGAGGGUGCUUUGUCUGAAGAUCAGGAUCAGCCUCAUCCAGAGCAAUGUAGCAAAACAGUAAGUUCCAUGACUGUUCCUAAGAAAAAGAAAAAGAAAACAUCCAAUCAAAAAGCACAAGAUGAAUAUGAGCAGAUACAAGCUAAGCGUGCUGCUAAGAAACAAGAAUUUGAGAGGAGAAAACAACAGAGAGAAGAAGCUCAAAGGCUCUACAAAAAGAAAAAAAUGGAAGUAUUCAAAAUAUUAAGCAAAAGGACUAAAAAGGGCCAACCAAACUUGAAUUUACAAAUGGAGUAUCUUCUUAAAAAAAUACAAGAAAAAAGCUGAAUCAGACGUUUUUGUCCUUUAGGAUAAAAAAUACCUGCUGAGUUUUUACAGAUAAGAAAUUGGUGGUCUCUGAAAGUGAACUAAAUUUGUCACAAAAACAUGAACUAAGCUGUACAAAUAUAUUUUUUCUCAUAAAAAAAUUUAUUAUGUAUAGCUGAUAUAAUAUGGUCGGUGUUAUAUUUAUUUGCCUCUGGAGAAAGAUUAGGUCAAAGCGCUUAAACCUAUUUAGAAGACAGGCCAAAGCCUAUAAUACUUUUGUCACAUGUCAGACUGAUACAGAAUAAAAAUUUUUGAAGAAAAA